AUGGAAGAGGAGACGAUCCUUGUGAAAAACGGAUCAGAUGUAGAGAAGAUCGGUGAGAAAGAUGGAGAGAAGAAGCAAUCAAAGGAUCUCGAGUUUUUAAGCUGUAUGAUGCAGCCAGCAACAUCCGAUUCAAAUCCCCAAUACAUCGGAAUCCGCCGCAUUCUUCUCCAUCGGAAAGCUGACUCUGGUGUUAUCUCUCGCCGUUAUGUUAGCUCUUUAUCUCUCUUGCCGUCAAACGCAUUUGCUUGUUUCCACAAUCUGAUUGUGUUUGUAUUGGAAGGAUUGGAGAUGUAA